AUGACAACAACAACAACAACAGCUACAGAAUCAUCUAAUCUCAUUAGCAAUGAAGAUUACCCAUUCUUGAGAAUCAAUAGAACUUUCAAGGUGUUCACCGGUAUCGGUAUGGGUGUAUUGUUUGGUUGUAUGAUCAAUGUAUUGGCCAAGCGUCCAUACCUCACCAGACCACACGUUCAUUUGACUGCUGCCGCCGCUCUUGGUGUCAUCAACUACAAGACAUACGACUGGCAAGAGGAUAUUUACAAGAAGAACUUCCAAAUUUUAUCUAGAUAUGAAAAUAGAUUAAAGAGACAAGAGUUUAUCAAAAAUGAUCUAUCUACUACAUUAAUAACUUAA